CCGAGAGUCCCGGCGGUCCGCUUGGCUCCCGGGCUCCCCUCUCGCACCCCCGCCUCGCAAGCCACCCGCGGCUCCAUACGCCCAGUCCGGCCGCUCCAGUCCGGAUCUCGCGGCCACCCGACCCGGGUGCGAGUUCCAGCAGCUGGGAAGGAGGCGGCAGCGACUGGCCCCGGCUCCCCACGGCCGCCUCGUCAGCCCGAGGUUGGCGGGGGAGAGAGCGGCCCAGCAGCCCCGGGAGCCCCUCCGAGGACAAUGCACCCGGCGCUGGGCCACCCUCGCGCGCUCUCGUCCGCGCCCGCCUCUUUCCCGCUGCCCCCCGCCGCCGCCCGGCUGCAGCCCCUCUUCCUCCGGGGGGGUUCCUCCCGCGGCCGGAGAGGCUCGGGCGACAGCAGCACCAGCACCAGCACCAGCCGCGGUGGGGGCGGCGGCAGACGCGGCGGGGGCGGCGGCUCCCCAAGCAGCAGCACAGGCGCGGAGCGAGAGGACGACGACGAGAGUAUUAGCAUCAGCAAGCCACUGGUGCCCGCCGCCGCCGCUGCGCUCCCGGGGCCCCCAGCUCAGGGGGGCGCCCCGGUCUCCGCCACCGCGCCCGCCACCGCCUCCUCCACUUCCACGCCCACCUCCUCCUGCAGCAUGACCGCCGUGGACUUUGUCGCGGGCGCCGCAACCGGGGCCGUCGGGGGCCCCGGGAGCCGCUCAGCGGCGGGCGCAGGCGGCACCGGGACGGGCGGCGGUGCCUCCUGCUGCUCCUGCUGUUGUUGCUGCUGCGGCCGCCCCUCCCGGCCCGGCCGCAGGGGUCGGCGCCACGGCUGCCUGCCGAGCCCGGGAUGCCGCUGGGGCUACCAGGCGCUGUCUGUGGUGCUGCUGCUGGCUCAGGGUGGUUUGCUGGACCUGUACCUCAUCGCGGUCACCGACCUGUACUGGUGCUCUUGGAUCGCCACUGACCUGGUGGUGGUGGUGGGCUGGGCCAUCUUCUUUGCCAAGAACAGCCGGGGCCGUCGGGGCGGUCCAGCAAGCAGCGCGCACAACCACCAUCAGCUCCACCACCACUCGGCGCCGCCUCUGCACCUACCGACUGCAGCGUCCGCGGGGGCCGGGGCUAAGGCUCGCGGGGGCCGAGGAGGCUCGGGGGCCGGGCCAGGGCCGGCCGGGGCGGUGGGCGAGUUCGCCUUUGCUUACCUGGCCUGGCUCAUCUACUCCAUCGCCUUCACUCCCAAGGUUGUGCUCAUCCUGGGAACGUCUAUCCUGGACCUUAUUGAGCUGCGAGCGCCCUUUGGCAGCACGGGCUUCCGCCUCACCAUGGCUCUGUCCGUGCCGCUGCUCUACAGCCUGGUGCGUGCCAUCAGCGAGGCGGGCGCGCCCCCGGGCUCGGCAGGUCCCUUGCUCCUGCAGCCACAGCAGCAUCGCGCUGCAGGCUGCUUCCUGGGCACGUGUCUGGACCUGCUGGACAGCUUCACGCUGGUGGAGCUGAUGCUGGACGGCCGUGUGCCGCUUCCCGCGCACCUGCGCUACCUGCUCAUCGCCGUCUACUUCCUCACGCUUGCCUCCCCAGUGCUCUGGCUGUAUGAGCUGAACACCACCGCAGCAGCUCCGUCCUGGGGUCAGGCCUCCGGGCCUGGAAGCUGCAGCCGCCUUUUGCGCUUGCUGGGCGGCUGCCUGGUGGACGUGCCCUUACUGGCGCUGCGCAGCCUCUUGGUCGUGAGCUACCAACAGCCGCUGUCCAUCUUCAUGCUCAAAAACCUCUUUUUCCUUGGCUGCCGUGGCCUGGAGGCCUUGGAGGGCUGCUGGGACCGAGGGAGUUGGGUUUCCCCAAGUCGGGCCAGAAGCAGCUAUGGUGCUCCUCCCUCUGCACCCCCACCACCUCCACCACCGCCACCUCAGGGAGGGUCCCAGCGGGGCCACUUGGAAAAUGAAGGGGGUCCUCAUGGCUAUGUCAACACUCUAGCUGUGGCCUCUCAGAACUGAAAAAGGUGAAGGGCAGGGGCUCUGUUCUUGGCUUGAGAGUUCCCGGCCUCCUUAGCUGUGUUUAGAAGAGGUCACUGUUGAUAAGGCUGAUGGCCAGCGAAUUCUUCUGCACCCUAUGGGUGGAGACUAUUUAGAGGGAGACCAGCAAUAUAUUGUGAGGGAGGAGGGUCCAUGUUCACCAUGGUUCUUCUCCAAAGUCUUGCCUGUUCUGACAUACAAGGGACUGGAUGAAUGUGCCACCUGCUCUUCUUGCCUUCAUUCUGUGGGGGAAAGUGGAGGAAGGGGGUGUUCAGGCAGGGAUGGUAGACUUCGGUAGAUGAAGUGUGCGAGUGCGUGCGUGCAUGCGUGUGUGUGUGCGUGUGUGUGUGCGUGCGUGUGUGUGUGUGUGUGUAUGUGUGUGGUGUUUUUCUGGGUGUCUGUCCCAUGCCCCUUGCAGUGGGAAGGGAAGGUGAUCUAGGGAGGCCUUGCUGCCCCCACACAUGCCACUCCCAUCUUUUACUGCCUGAAUUUAUGACUAGGAUGCCCAGGAGUUGUUCGGUUGCCACACUCCAAGGGAGAAGCUCACCCAGGGUCGUCCUUACUCCUGCUCCCCUGUUCUCAGCUUGGGGAGGAGAGGGUCUCUGCUAUGAGGACCCAGCAACGCCCUUUCUUUGGUGAGUGUGUAUUUCUACCUCUGUGCUUUCGACUUUCAUCCCAUCACACAUUGAUGCUGCUUGCGAAAACAAAACAAAAACCACUCAGAAGUUGCAUUCAACAUGGACACUGGAUCCCUUUGGGGUUUGGUACCAGAUAUUACAGGGUCUGUGGAGUAUCAGCCAUUGGCUCGCUCUCUCUCGGUUCCUCCUUCGGCACCAGAAUUCUUAUCCUUCCUCUGUUGGUACUGGCUGGGUUGGAACUGGGUUCAGAGCACCUGCUUUACUGGGUCAAAGGUGUGUGAGGUCUGGCCUCUUAGGGACCCUCCGGAAUGCCACCUGCUCUUUUGGAGAGCUUGGCAUAGAGCAGAGAGUGCGGUGACCUUUCUUCUCUCCUCUGCUCAGGUCUCCUCAGGGAGAAGGCUUGCUGCGGGACCCUCCUGGCCCAGCUUUCUCUCACGGGACCCUCAUGGUGAAGCUUUUCUUAGGGCUGUCCUUCAAGGAAAGUCAGGGUUGGCUACUCUAGUCUUGACAGGGGAUGUUACCCUUGGAAUCUCUAAUGCAGGAUAAGUAUUCUGAGGGGAGUCAAGGGUCAGAAGCCUAGGGAGCAAGGUCAGGAUAUAAUCAUCCCCACAGUGGGAUUGGGUGUGUGGGGGGAAACCUGAAGAAUUUUGGUUCCCCUCCCCUCUUGUUUUGGGAGUUUUGUGUGGUGUAAUGAACCUGGACAAGGGACUGUGAUCUGUUCUGCCUGUUCUUUGCUAGAUUUGAAUGCUAUGUUCUUUUCACUUUCUAGGCCCCAGUUACCUUUCCUUCUUCCUUCCUUUCUCUCUUUCUCUCCCUCUUCCUUUUUUUCUUUUUUUUUUGUCUUUCGAGACAGGGUUUCUCUGUGCAACAGUCCUGGAUGUCCUGGAACUCACUUUGUAGACCAGGCUGGCCUUGAUCUAAUUCACAGAGAUCCGCCUGCCUCUGCCUCCCGAGUGCUGGGAUUAAAGGCGUGCGCCACCACGCCCAGCUUCAGUUACCUUUCUAGGAUGAUAGUCUUUGAGUUUGAAAUUUGAAAGCUCUGGGCAUAGUUCUGCCAUUAGAAGCAGACUUGAGAUGAGCUACCAGGGUGGACUUGAAGACAGUCCUCCUCCAGCCUUGCAUCUGGUCUUGAGGGAGCUGAAGGGAGGUUGGCAGACUAGGUUGGGGGACAGGCAUUGCAGGGCCCAUUGAUGCUGACCUCUGAAGCCCACAGCACAGGGGUAGGCCCAAAGUGCCAAGUCACUGACUACUAACUAGCCACCUGGCCCAAGUUCUUCAUCCCCUUUGGCUCUAUUAAAACCUUCUGAGAACCAAGGGCUCUUCCUCAACUGCCUGGGGCUGUGGGCUGAGGAUAUCUGUGGAUGGAAACAGGAGCGGCUGAACUUGACUAGAGCCCCAGCUUUCGGGGGCCUGCCCUGCUCUUGGGGGCCUGCCCGGCUCUAAGAGGGGCCUGCUUGCCUCUCGGGGGCCUGCCCAGCUCUCGGAGCGGCCAUGUAAAGGAUGUUUUCAGUCCGUGAGUUCUUUGCCUCUGGUCUCUCGCCCUCAGCCAGUGCUGACUGACCGGCUGCUUUGCACAACACACCUGCCUUUCCUCCUCACCCCGGAUGACUCCUCUUCUGAUUGGACUCGCAGUCCUGAGUGAGCCUGAGCCCUGGCUGUGGCUGCAGCUACUCACACUCUUCUGCAUUUGUUCUCCAGUUUCGUUGUGUUUCUCACUACCUAAUUUCAAUGACUGUGAAAAGAAAUUAUGUCUGAGCCAUGGCCGGCUCUGGCUGGCCCCCAACCCACCCUCUCUCUACUUUUGGAUAGCCAUCCCUCUCCUGUGUGACUGCUGUCUGCUGCUGAGAGACUGCCACUGGAUUUAGGAUGGAAGGCUGCCAUCUCCCUAGCACAUCAAGAGACAUGAGCACAUGGCCAAUGGGACAGAGGCCAGGACUGUGAGGCCCUAGUGAGGGCCCAGCGCCUCUCCAGCCUCCUUUUCAACAUGUCUUCUCUGAGUACUCUGUGCUCAGGGGGCCGGCUCCUUCCUUCUGAUGUAUUUAUUUUGGGUCUUCUCACUCAUUCCCCUGUCCCAUUCACACAUGACCCUUAAGGCCCUUUUCCCCUCUCUUGCUUUCUAGGGUAUCUGUAGAUAGGGAUCAGACUUGAGAUGUCCCCAAGGUGUCAUGACCAGGACAGUACACUGUCCCAAGGCUUAGACCAGAAGAACGGAUCAUGGAAAAGAAGCCUGGGCUCAGAAUUUAGCUCUGCCUGCCCCUAGCAUUUGAGCCUGGAAGGGGAGGGCUUGUUACCUGUGUUCCGAAUGGUGCCUGUUUCUAAAAAGGAGUUAAUUUCUUUGCAAUGCUGGGGAGUAAGCCCAGGGCCUCAAGCAUGCGCCGCAAAUGCUAGCGAGCCUCCUGGGCGGCAUCUCUAAUGCAGAGUCUUAAUCUAAAGACUGCGCUCUCUAGAGACUUGCACCCCCCUUUUAAAAUGUCUUUGAGUGGGGUCUCACUAUGUUCCCAAGGCUGUCCUAGAAUCUUGGGGCUCAGGGGGCCCUCUUACUUCAGCCUCCCUAGGAAACAGGUAUGCACUGCUUUGUUCAACCAAGGCUUUUCCUGUCCAACAUGCUGGGAGCCAGGCCCGGGUGUGUGGGGAGCAGAGCUGGGAACUCGAGCCCAGAAGAAACAGAGAAGCGGCACCUCGCUAGCAUUUAUCACAUUUUUUCCCUCUUUUUAAAAAUAAAACCAGACUCUGUUCUGAAAAUAAAA